CCUAUUGGUUCUCCUGUGACCGGAAGUAGACUGCUACCCACUCUUUGCUCUGUGCUCCGUGGCGCUCUGUAAGCAGAAGCUGCUCUCGGCUGCUGGUUUCGUGGGAAACAUUUCCGCUUCGAGCACAAGCAGACAUGGACGAACGCAAAACCAGCUGAUUGUUGGAACAAAACGGAGCCAUGAAACGCCAGCAAAGCGUCACGUUUUAGACGAAUACUUUGUGCGAUGUGAGCAGGAGGAUCGCGAUGCAGACUUCACAGCUGUAGGUCGCAUGCGGACGUGAUGCCCAGGCGGGGGUUCCCCUUGCAGGGCCGGGUCCGCUGGCUCCUGCUGGCCCUCUUCCUGCUCCUGGUGCUGCUGCUAUUCGCCUACCUGCUGGAGUGCACGCCGCCGGCCGACGCCAGUCAGACGCUGCCUGGCGCGGCGGGCGAGCCCUUCGGCAGGGAGUACUACCAGGCGCUGCUGCAGGAGCACGAGGAGCGCCACCUGAGCCGCGCCUCCAGCCUCAAGCGGCAGAUCGCGCAGCUCAAGCAGGAGCUGCAGGAGAUGAGCGACAAGCUGAAGCUGAUGCAGGAGAAGAAGGAGCCGCUGGGCGUGCAGGGCCUGGGCGAGACCCGAGACCAGGAGCCCGGUGACCUGCUGGAGUUCCUGCACUCCCAGAUCGACAAGGCCGAGGUCAACGCCGGGGCGCGGCUGCCCAGCGAGUACGCCCUGGUGCCCUUCGAGAGCUUCACCUCCUCCAAGGUGUACCAGCUGGAGAUGGGGCUGACCCGGCACCCGGAGGAGAAGCCGGUCCGCAAGGACCGGCGGGACGAGCUGGUGGAGGCGGUGGAGGCGGCGCUGGACAUCAUCAACAACCCGGACGAGGAGGACGGCGUGGAGGAGGACGUCCCCAUGCAGAGGCAGACCUACGCUGACAGCCACUUUAUGGAAGGCCUGUACAGGACGGAGCGAGACAAAGGGACGCUCUACGAGCUUUUCUUCGCCAAGGAGGACUCCAGCAGCUUCCGACACGUCUCGCUCUUCCGGCCGUUCGGGCCGAUAAUGAAAGUCCGGAGCACAUCGGUGGAGACGCUGGGGAUGAUCAUCAACAUCAUCGUGCCGCUGGCGGGCCGAGUCGACACUUUCUCACAGUUCUUACAAAACUUCAGGGAGGUGUGUGUUCAGCGGGACAGGCAGGUCCAUCUCACCGUGGUUUAUUUUGGACAGGAAGGUCUGCAGGAAGUGAAGUCAUCGCUCGAGAAAAUGUCCAGAGAGGAGACUUUCUCUAAUUACACUCUGAUCCCGGUGGACGAGGAGUUUUCUCGCGGCCGCGGUUUGGACAUCGGCGCCAACGCGUGGAAGAACGGCGACGUCCUGAUGUUUUUCUGCGACGUGGACAUUCGUUUCUCCCUGGACUUCUUGAACACGUGCCGGCUCCACGCCGCUCCCAACAAGAAGGUUUUCUACCCGGUUGUGUUCAGUCUGUACAAUCCGGCCAUCGUUUACGGAAGCUUGGAGCUGGCUCCACCUAUUGAACAACAGCUGAUUCACAAAAAAGACGCUGGAUUUUGGAGAGAUUUCGGAUUUGGAAUGACCUGCCAGUAUCGCUCAGAUUUCCUAAACAUCGGCGGAUUUGAUCUGGAAGUGAAGGGCUGGGGCGUGGAGGACGUCCACCUGUACAGGAAGUACCUGCGGAGCGAACUGAUCGUGAUCCGGUCGCCGGUGUCCAACCUCUUCCACCUGUGGCACGAGAAGCAGUGCGCAGACGAGCUGACACCGGAGCAGUACCGCAUGUGCAUCCAGUCCAAAGCCAUGAACGAGGCGUCGCACCCCCACCUGGGCAUGCUGGUCUUCCGGGACGAGAUCGAGGCCCACCUCCGGAAGCAGGCCUUCAAAACCCAGAGCAAGACGGAGGCCUGAGGAAGAGGAAGAGCCGCCGCCGACAUUCCCAAAUGAGGCUUAAAGCUGCAGUACGCAAUUUUAUUAAAAAUAGGUUUUUACAUGUUUGAUAUGAGACAGAUAAUCUGUGAAAAGAUCAAUCUCCUCCACCUGAGCUACUAUUACUUUCUGAAGAAAUGCAUCAAAAACAACCAAUCAGAGCCAGUAGGAGGGGCUUAGCGCUGUCAAUCAUCGCAGUGUACGCACUGAUAAAUGUGCGAAUGAUGGAGAAAAAACUUGCUGUUGCAGUAAAAGGGCUAAUCCUCCGUCACUGUUGGCCAUGCUAACCAGCCUAGCAUUCAUGACGGAAGACAGAGGGGGAGGAUGAUUGACAGCGCUAAGACCCGCCUCCUGCCUCUGACUGUGUCAGGGAGAAGACGGAGAAGCAUUUUUUCUUCAGACCAUCUGUCUCUUAUCAAACUGUCACAACAUGAAGACAAUUUCAACAAAAAUGUGAAAAAAUAUAUCUUAAAGUUACAUACUGUAGCUUUAAAGGGGCGCCGCAACAAAAAAAUAUUUAAACCUGAUUAAUGGAAGAUGUGGCGGUGUACAGUGUACCAGUUAAUUAAUAGUGAUUAAUCGAUCCUUCUGCUUUUCUCUGCACAGCUGUAGACGGAUGAAUGUAGAAAAAUGUGAAACAAAGCCUUACGAUCAAAUCAGCAGUAUUUAACUCUGACAGGAAGACUUGGUGUUGUACAGAGGACCUUGUUUUGUUUCUGCGAAAUUUUUGAAAAUCGGUAAGCGUGACCUUGAAGGUCGGGGUUUUUUCGUCGUCUUCUUGCUGCUUCUGAAUGUGAAACAUUUCAGCUGCUUCUCAGACACGGAGAAGCAGCGUAGGCAGGCGGCACCCAGCGACGUUUGGAGAAAAUAAACGGAAAACCAGUUAGGGGGGAAAGAAAUCACAUUUCUAAUUUAUUGAGUAUGAGAACAACAGGAAGUUGCACUUUCUCUCAGCGGAGAUUAAAGUAUAUUCUGACCGUUUGAUUUUCAGAGGCCCAAACUACGAAGGAAGAUUUAUGGCUCGAUUCUUGGCACUACUGGUUUCCCGUAGAAAGCUGAACUUCUGAGUAUGAAGGCAUUUUAGUUCCAGACUAAGAUUAUUUUUUUUACUUAUGAGACUAAAGUUAUAAUGUUGGCAGAAUGUUUUCAAUGAGAUCAAAGCCUUGAUGUCAGGAUCUGACACGUAAUGGUGAUAAUUCUUUGAUGCUAAAGUGUUAAAAGAUUAUUUAUCUUUAAACCCAAAGUAUAACUUCACAAGAUUUUGACUUCAUUCUCGUACAACUUUUUUUUUCUCGCGUUAUUCCCACUUUGUUCUUUUAACACUAACUUUUUUUCUGGUAAUAUGGCUCUCGAAUUAUUCUGACUUUUUUUCUCACAAUAUUAUGACUAUUUUUUAAUUACAUUUUUUUCUUAGUCUGGCCUUAAGAUUUCAAAAGACUCGAUGUUGGUUACCUGAACUCGUCAUCGAUUUGUUCACCUGUUUUGGGAUCUUUAAGGAAUAUUUUACCAGUUAAUUGAGGGACUAAACUGAUCAAAUAAAAAUAAUUCGGUGCCUAAAUUUGUAUUUAUGGCAGAUUAUUUUUAAUCCACAACGUCAGAUUUGCACUAAAAUGUGGAUAGAAAUAUUUCUUCAUAGCUUCGGCCUCUGAUAGAGAACCUCUUGAUUUAUUUACAGAGUAUUACUAGGAAAAUGUCAGUUUUUGUUCAGACUGGCUGUGUGGAUAAAAAGGGAACAUUUUGUGUUUUUUAUUGUAGGAUUGUGUCAGAGUUUAAAUGCGUUGGACCAAUCAGAGGAUAAACUACGGCAUGCGGCUCACGCUGCUGUUUUUCCUCUGAAUCUGUUCCAGUCGUUCUUACAUGUAAAUACGUUCCAAACAUUUCAGACUCUACAUUGAACCUGCAGGUUCUAGAGGAAUAUAUUAACUGUUUUGCUUGUUUUAAGCUGAGAGGACGUUACAUAAACAGGUGCUUUGAUUGUCUUAAAUAUACCAGGUUGCUCCUGCGUUGCGUUCCGUCAUUAUUUAAAUAUUUGCUUAUUCUGCAGCUUUUUUAGGCCGUCUCAAAGUUUCCUGGCUUGACAGGAGAAACUAAACUUCCUCUUUACGUCUUCCUCUUGGCGGCACACCACGGUUAAAAGCUGAAUAAUAAAAACAAAUGAGCAAGAAAUGGAUUUAUUGUGACGAUUUGUCCAUGAAUAACUUACAUCCGACUGCAUAUAUUGGCUGUUCCUGUUCCGCCUCGGCCACUUGUUGUAUAUUUGCUAUAAAAAUGUAAUAUCAACCCUGUCAAGUGUC